GCUGGUAGCAGGCUGGAGGAGCGGCAGAGCGGCGAGGGAGGAGGAGGAGAAGAACCUGUUCACUGACUUCACACCACUUUGGCUCCGCUCCUGUCCUGUACGACCCGUGAGCGACACCGGCUCUAAACUCGGACACAAACUUGAUUGAAAAAGUUCGAUUGUUGUCUGGAGGAGCGAGGAGGGGGGGACGAACCAUCGGCAUCUGUGCGGGAAGAAGUUGCGAUGUCUGGAUCGUACUGCAAAAGUUUGUACCCGUUCAGCGGGGAGCAGCACCAGCAGGGACUGAGCUUCGAGGCCGGGGACAUUAUUAAAGUGGUCCAGGCUCUGCCCGGAGGCUGGUGGGAGGGAGAGAGGGAUGGAGCCAGAGGAUGGUUCCCCUCAAGUUAUGUCCAGGUCCUGGAGAGGACAGCAUCUCUGAGUCAGCUCCCUGUUGAUGACAUCAAAGACCCCCUGCCUCCUCAGUGGAGAUGCUACAUGUCUCCACAAGGGCGGCGAUACUACGUCAACACCACAAACAAUGAGACCACAUGGGAGAGACCGUCCAGCACACCUGGGACCCCUAAGAUGUCCCUCCGACACAAGAACUCCCUGCCAGCAGUGAACGGAUUUCACUCAAGUGGUAGUCCCUUGCAUCAUGUGGAGCAUUCACACAACAGUGUGGUUAGGAAAAGCAGUACAGAGCCACAGCAGAGCCCGGGAUCAACGUCACCCACCAGGAAACAGAACAAGGAGACCACGGUCACGAUUAACUGUGUGACGUUCCCGUCUCUUGCAUGCAUGCCAGAGCAACAGCUGCUGAAGCCAAACGAAUGGAGCUACUGUGACUACUUCUGGACUGAUAAGAAGGAUCCCCAGGGCAACGGCUGCAUCACAGGAUUUGACGUUUUGCUGCAGAAACAGCUGAAGGGGAAACAGAUGCAGAAAGAGAUGGCUGAGUUCAUCCGAGAGAGGAUAAAGAUAGAAGAGGAGUACGCCAAGAAUCUCUCCAAGCUCUCCCAGAUCCCUCUAGCAAGCCAGGAAGAAGGGACUCUGGGGGAGGCUUGGGCCCAGUUGAAGAAGAGCCUGGCAGAUGAAGCUGAGGUUCACCUAAAGUUCUCCUCAAAGCUCCAGAGUGAAGUGGAGAAGCCUUUUCUGACCUUCAGGGAGAACUUUAAGAAGGACAUGAAGAGGUUCGACCAUCACAUCGCCGACCUACGGAAGCAGCUAGUUGGUCGCUACGCAGCGGUGGAGAAGGCUCGUAAAGCUCUGGCUGACAGACAGAAAGAGCUGGAGUUGAAGACUCAGCAGCUGGAGAUCAAACUCAGCAACAAGAUUGAGGAAGACAUCAAGAAGGCCCGCAGGAAAUCUACACAAGCAGGAGACGAUCUGAUGCGCUGUGUGGACCUUUAUAACCAGUCUCAGUCCAAAUGGUUUGAGGAGAUGGUCACCACAAGUCUGGAACUGGAGCGGCUGGAGCUGGAGCGGGUGGAGAUGAUCAGACAGCAUCUGUGUCAGUACACCACCCUUCGGCACGAGACGGACAUGUUCAACCAAAGUACGAUGGAGCCGGUGGACCAGCUCCUGCAGUGCGUGGACCCGGCCAAAGACAGAGAGCUGUGGGUGCGGGAGAAUAAGACUGGAGAGAUCAGGCCAGUGGACAUAGAGAUCUGACCUCAGUGCUGUCCGACCGCUCUGCAUAUGCACACUUUUACACUCAGACGCUGACUCAGAGGCUCCACGCCUGAGGACUGACUGGGAGAUGAAAUCUGUGCUGGGAUCUUCACUUCCCCCCCCCCCCCCCGUACUUGUG